AAAAAAAAGCUGUAGUUUGAUUUUCUCUCUCUCUCUUUCUUUUAAAAUUUUUAUUUGAUAAUUUUCUUUUAUUAUUAUUCAAAUUGGCAACGACAAAUUUAAGAACCAAAAACUGAAACAAUAACAAAUAAACAAAUUCAACAAGAAGAAAGCUGGAGGCUGAAGCAGCGCCGCACACAACGAGCAGCAAAACCGAACCCAACAGUUUUUUCUUUUUUCUUUUUUCUGCUUUGAUUUGAUCAUUCAACCGGAAAUUCAGAUACUUUCUGGGAAUUUGAUGGUGCAGUUUGCUGAAUUUUGGAAGUGGGUUUGAUUCGGAUUAUCUAUUUGGAUUGGAUUGUUGGAGAGGAUAGAUGUUUAGAAAUUAGCAGAAGGGGAUUUUGGAAUUUGACUUAUGGAUAAACUGUGCUGUUUUAAUGCUUCAUAUUCUGGGAUUAGAUCCGCAUUGAAUUACGGUAAAGGAAGAAGCCAUGAGGGGAUAAUCAAGUAUGGGUUCUGCCUGGUUAAAGGGAAAGCUAAUCAUCCCAUGGAAGAUUACCAUGUUGCUAAAUUUGUUCAGAUUCAAGAACAUGAAUUGGGACUCUUUGCUAUUUAUGAUGGUCAUUUAGGAGAAAGUGUGCCUGCCUAUUUACAAAAGCAUUUGUUUUCUAAUAUCCUGAAAGAGGAAGAGUUUUGGGUUGAUCCCAACAGCUCCAUCUCAAAAGCAUAUGAGAAGACGGACCAGGCGAUUCUAUCCCACAGCUCUGACUUGGGUCGUGGUGGAUCAACUGCUGUUACUGCUAUUCUGAUUAAUGGUCAAAGACUAUGGGUGGCCAAUGUUGGAGAUUCACGUGCAGUUCUUUCUAGAGGGGGUGAAGCUGUACAGAUGACCAUCGAUCAUGAACCGAAUACGAAUACGGAACGUCGAACCAUUGAGAAUAAAGGUGGCUUUGUUUCAAACAUGCCAGGAGACGUACCUCGAGUGAACGGCCAGUUAGCAGUUUCACGAGCAUUUGGAGACAAAAGUCUAAAAUCUCACUUGCGAUCUGAUCCUGAUAUACGUGAUAUUAAUGUAGAUGCCAACACGGACAUAUUAAUUCUUGCCAGCGACGGUCUAUGGAAGGUCAUGGCCAACCAAGAAGCUGUCGAUAUUGCACGAAGAAUCAAAGACCCACUGAAGGCUGCAAAGCAGUUGAUAACUGAGGCUUUGGAGAAAGAGAGUAAAGAUGAUAUCUCAUGCAUUGUGGUUAGGUUUAGGUGAUUUUAGCCUUCAAAUUUUUUUUCUCCCCGCCAGAUUCAGUAUAUAAAUCCCAAAUAAAGAUUUUCCUUUUAUGGAAUGGAAAUAUAAGUAUUAGGCCAACAAAGUAUAUACACACGUUUUGGGUAAUCCCUUGCAAAGGCUACGAUAUUUAUAGCCUGAAAAAAGAAGAAAAAAACGGAAAAAAUAAUAAAGAGUGACGGAUACCGUAUGUGUAAAUUUGAUUAGGCUGAUUAUGUUUAUAUUUUUUGAUAUGUUCUUUCUUUUUUACUGAAGUUGACUGUGGAGUUUUGGUGUACAAUAUGAUCUUAUUUAUUAUAUGUAAGGACUACGAAACCUUGUAGUCCAAGAAUAUGCCUUCAUGUUUGAUUUAACUUUAUAGGGUGUUUGUUCUUUAAA